CAUAUUAAUGGGAUCGAACUAUAUUCUAUAAUAAUAUUAUUCAUAUUGAACAAACAUAUUGAGCACAUCAAACAUGGCAAGUAAUAAAAUCGGUGAUUCUGACACAAAUUGUCAGAUUAAACAAACAGAUUGUCCCGUUGAUUGCGAUACUCCAAAUGCAACUAACGGAGAUUCAUCAACAUCAGACAGUCACAAGUUCUUUCGUAGGAUAUUAAAGUAUUUUACGCGCCCUACUGCACAAAUAAGACAAAGCAAAAAAAAGAAAUGCGAUAUAAAGAAGCAAAUUGUCAGUACGAGUAAAUCUGAAGAAAAAAUAUCGAUAUAUACUUCAUUAUCAUCGAUUGUAGAUAAUGUAAUUAAACCCGAUGCAGAGAUUGUCGUUAAGCGAAGAACGGUUGAUGCAAUCACCUCCACUACACGAGUAAGUAAUGUUUUUGAUAAAGUAACACAUGAAAAUCUUUCAGACGCUAUAGAGCGUUUUAUUCACGGCGCAUCUUAUCGAUAUGCGAAAUACGCAGCGAAAGACGUGGAUAACGUCGUUUCGGAUCGUGGCUGCGGUCCGCUAUACAUUGACAGCGGGACUCAAAGCGUUACCGUGGAUGGAGAAUUCAGUUUGGAGACAAGCCCUGACACUUUCGCGGAAGCAUGCGAAAAGAGGCGGCACGCGGACUUUAUUCUCGAGGAAAUUGCAAAAGUCUCUGACGCUUUGACGCAGAAAGCGCGUCUCGCUUCCGCAAAAGAACAGGCGGCUUCAAUCCUCGCGUCCAUAUCGAUGGCGCCUACGAAAUAUGAGAUGGAAGAGCAAACAUUUGAGAGCACGAAAUCAUUAAUAUCUUCGAUUAUCCACGCGGAAGAGGAACCAAUUGUUAUAGUAAAAGAAAAACCAAUUGUUAUAGUCGAAGAAAAAUCAACUGUUGUAGUAGGAAAAAAGCCAUCUGUUGUAGUGGAAGAAAAACCAACUAUUGUAAUAGAAAAAAAACCAUCUGUUAUAGUAGAAAAAAAACCAUCUGUUGUAGUGGAAAGAAAACCAACUAUUGUAGUAGAAAAAAAACCAUCUGUUGUAGUGGAAAGAGAACCAACUAUUGUAGUAGAAAAAAAACCAUCUGUUGUAGUGGAAGAAAAACCAACUGCUGUAGCAGUAGCAGUUACUUCAACGACUGUAAUGCAACCAGAGAUACACAAGGAAAUAUUGGAAUCUCCUCCAAACCAUUUUACACCAAAUUCACGAGAUUUUUCGGUAAGCUUACAAUUAGAUAAAUCUCUGAGUGCUUUGGAUGUCCAAGUAAAACCAUCAAUAGAAGACCUAAGGAAAACUGAACGUACGCGUACAGCAUUGGUCACGUUUCCGGAAAAAGAUGAUCUUCGAGAUACCGCAGCUCCUUUUGUUACUAGCAAAAAGACAGAAGAAAAGGAAAAAUUACCGAAGAAAAAUUCUCUGCGACGAAUGUUAGAUAAACAUGGUUUCACUGACAUGACACAUGACGAAAAUUGUGUAAUUAUAAAUUGUAUUCCAAAGCUAAAAAAGAAAAGGCCCAAAUCUUUAGAUCAGCCUGAUGAUACUUUAAGACAAAAAGAUACUCAGACUGGUGUUUCAAGAAAAAAAGUUGUAAAAAGAGUCGAUUCCUCUAUCAAACCUUCGAAGAUGAAAAAAGAAUUAGCCCAAAAAACCAAAGAUAUUCCCCAAGAACCUGUGCCAUAUAAAAAGCCAAAAUAUCGAGCGAAAUAUCGCAUUGAUAUGAAGAAAAAAGAAAAAAAACCACAAUUGAAGAAAGCACCCCAUGAAAUCUUGAAACACGAGUGUCUCAUUAGCUUGCCUGAAAUGAUAAGAUCUUCUAAGGUUUUUGAAGAUUUCGUAAGGCCAACAACGAAAAUGUAUCAAGAUUGUCGUAGAACAUUAUCAGAAUAUUUAGAACCAACAAGAUAUUGCAAGGAUUUAUCGAGCAUCUGUCUUACAAGACCCAAUUAUUGCGAUGUUUGGAUUACUCCAUCCGUUUCCUCUGAAAGUACCAUAAAUGGCGCUUUCCCGCAAGAUUCAUGCACAAUCAAAUAUCGUGCCAGCUGUCAUUCACUAAUUGACAGCUCGUCCAGAUAUCGUAACAUUAAUACAGACUGCACAAAACGUAGGGUAACAUUUGAAAAUUCAUUAUGUACCAAUAUGUAUUGCAAGAACGACGCAAAAUAUUGUUAUCCGCAUCUAAAUAAUAUUGACAACGUUCGAAUGAGAUAUUAUCAUUGCAAUGACAUUUGUCCAGUAUUGAACAACAAUCAACAGUGUGGGACGGAUCGAUCAUAUUACUGGACAAAGGGAAAUUUAUAUUUCACGCAUCCAUGGACAUCGGAGCAUUUGUUGCGAUAUAAUUGAUAUUGACAAUGGCAACAUACGAUAUUUAACGUUACCGAUACAGAGCGAGAUGAUGAGGACCGAGCAAAUUAAAAUGAAUAAAUAUACGACGUAAUCUGUACUGCGGCCAG